AUGAUUUUGGAGUGUCCUGCUGCUAGCUCCAUCUGGAGACAUUCUGUGCUUCGUCUUGAUACAAGACAGGUGGAUAUGGGUAGCUUUAGGGGCUGGUGUUGCUUGAUGCAAGAUAAAUACAAAGACUCGAAAUGGUGGGAUGUGUUUUGGAGCAUAGCUUGGGGAAUUUGGCGUAAGCGAAAUAUGUGGAUUUUUGAGAAAAAAGAGAGAAGGGAGUCUGACAUUCUUCAUAAGGCUAUGGGUUUGAUUGGAGAGUAUGAGGAAGCAAAUUUAAGGGAGAACAGUGUAAGUCAGGGGCUGCAAUGUUCCUCGGUGUGGAAAGCUCCUGCUGCUGGUCUGUAUAAGCUGAAUACAGACGCAGCUUUCCACGGCCAGAUUUUGGGGAUAGGUGGAGUGUUAAGGGACGACUCUGGAGCUGCUGUUGUAGCUUAUUGCUCGACUAAAAAAGGCAGUUUCGCUGUUGAUGUGGGUGAGGCUGUCGCAAUGAGAGCAAGCUUCCGAAUUGCUAUGGAAGCGGGGUUCAGCAAGUUUAUACUUGAGACCGAUAAUCUUAAGCUUUAUCACCAUAUGAAGAAGGGUCUCACACCUCCAUGUGCGUUUGGGAAUGUGGUAAGGGAUAUCUUGUUACUGUCCCGUGGUUGUCAGUGCAUUUCAUUCUCGUUCGUGAGAAGGACGGGUAAUGUUGUUGCUCAUUGCUUAGCAAACAUGAGUUUUAAGUUUAGUGAGUAUAGAGUUUGGCUUGAAGAUACCCCUGUUGAGAUACAGGGUGCUAUUUGUAAUGAUACUGCUCUUUUGAUUGUUUAA